AUGUCUUCGAACCCGCAAACUGCUCUUUCGGCCAAAGCAUCGAAUCCCUCCAAAUCCGUCGGCCUCUCGAAUCAAUCGACACCCUCGUUCUCUCAGACCAACGCCUACUUUGGAGAAGUCCUCGGUCAACGUAGGAGUGGCGGCUCAGGCAGCUCGAACGUCGCUAGCUCGAAGCCAUCGUCGACCCCGCGCAGCAACCAAAGUGCAAAGGCAAAGCACAAGCAAUCGAAGAAGUUUAGACUCGCGGAUGAGGAUGCUCUUGCUGAAUCCGUAAGUAACACUGUCGACCUGCCAGCGAGCUUCCGCCUUGCUCACCUUGCCACAGNNGCCGCCAUGCAUUCGACUAGCAGCCGCAAGGGCCAGACUUCUAUCACUCAUUUGAUGAACUUUUCUCUGCCACCACGUCCUCAAGCACAUCAGCACAACGCUAGAUAUGCCUCAGGUAGGCCUCGACGCAACCCCACUUGGGGACUAGGUUCGGGUUAUCACGCCGUGGACAAGGCAAGGUAUGACUUCUCUCGCCUCUCCAACUCGUACCUCCUGCUGAUUGCUGUANGAUACGUGCAUGCGAACUAUCGGUUCAUUGUUGAUCCUAGGGCCGAUUAUCGCCCUCAACGCGUCGACGCCGAUGUUCACAUUGACUGGAACAACGUACUGCAGAUUCUCGUCUCGACCGAAUCUCAGUCUUCCGCAUGCCCCAUCUGUCUGGGUACACCCACCGCUCCGAGAAUGGCCAAGUGUGGUCAUAUCUUCUGUUUGCCUUGUUUGAUCCGAUACAUGCACUCGGAUGAUGGCACCGCUUCCGGCACCGAGAAGAAGGCACGCUGGAAGAAGUGUCCAAUUUGCUACGACUCCAUCUAUGUCUCGGAGACAAGGCCAGUUCGUUGGUACACUGGUGCUGAGUUUGAACCCCCGAGAGAGGGUGAUGACGUGGUACUGCGUCUGAUUCAGCGUCCUGCUGGUUCCACACUCGCCAUGCCCAGAGAAAGUCCCGACGCCCUCGGAAAAGGGGACGAAAUCCCCUGGUAUUUCGCUGCUGAGGUCAUGGAUUAUGCUCGCGUCAUGAAAGGUGGUGAGGAUUAUAUGCUUGCCGAAUUGGACGAGGAAAUCCAGAAUGUCCGCGCCAUGGAACAGGAGGAUGAAGUCAUGUUCGGAGACGACACUCAGUGGACUAGCAAAGCUGUACGUGCUCUAAACGAAGCGAAAGAGAGAAUCAAGGGAAUCGGCAAUCCACCAGCAGCACCCAAGAAACCCGAAGAAUCCGAACACAAGAAACCUGCCAUCCAAUUCAACCAGACUGACGAUGGCGUGCCGGAAAUGUAUGCCAUUCAACAGGCCAUUAAGUCAGGUCAAAGUUUGCCUAACGGACAGACUGGACAAGCGGAUUCACCUAGCGAGAAAGAGGCCACUACCAAGCAGGAUGAUCCUACAACCAGUAUUCUCUCAACAUCGUUAGCCGAGUUCCGUGCUCGACAACAUGCCAAUUUUGAGCGCCAACCUGAUACAUACUUCUUCUACCAGGGUCUUCUACAUUAUUACCUGUCUUCACUGGACAUUCGUAUCUUGAAGGCUGCGUUUGGAAGCUACGACAACUUCCCUUCCUCGAUACUCCCACGAGUUGAGCGCGUCUCAACUGGUCACAUUGUCGACGAUGACUUGCGCAAGCGAGUCAAGUAUCUUGGACAUCUACCUUACGGUUGUGAGGUUACCUUCCUGGAAUGUGACUGGACCGACACAGUCCCGCCAGCGAUCCUUGAGCAGUUCCAAGGCGAGAUCGAAAGACGCCGCAAGCGAAACACGGACAAGGAAGCACGGGAAGAGAAGGAACGUGUUCGCGCAGAGAAGGCUGAAGAUCGAGAGUUCGCAGCCGCUCGACGAAGACGGGUCAGCAUACCGACCGAGAACAAGUUCAGACCAGAUGACUUUAUCCCGUUGGGUGCGGAUGGAUCGGAUGCAGCUGGCUCCUUUGACGGCCAAGGAUCCUCUUCAUCACCACCCUGGAGUAACAGUAAUCGUCCGCAAGGCUCUGCCUAUGCUUCUCUUGCAUCGCCCGGUACAAGUCCAGCUACGUCAAGGACAGUAUGGGGCACCACUGCAAUUGGGCUGAGUAGCCCUGAACUCGCCGCACUUCAGCACGGAAACAUGGAUGAUGGCUGGUUGGACGGCUGGGAGAGAGAAUUGACGCAAGACGAUGAUCUGAUCGCCCAAGUACAGGCAGCAAGUCUGGGUGAAGGAUCUUCUUCCUCUAGCAAAGCUACGGGCGCAGCGAAAGGCAAGAAGAAGGGUAAGAAGAUUACGUUGAUGAGCACGAAUGCUAGACGAGGUGCUUGA